AUGUGGUAUUUAGGAAAAUGGCAUGAAAUUUACAAAAUUCCAAACUUUUUCGAGGAAGAUCAAUCGUGCAUUACCGCUAAUUAUUCCCUGGAGGCUGGGGGACAUAUUAAAGUUUUUAACCAGGGAGUGACGAAUGGCCAACCCGUUUCAAAAACUGGUGACGCUUAUGUGCCUGAUCCGUCCGAUCCAGCAAAAUUAAUGGUUAAAUUUUCAGAGGAUUCUCCCUAUGCACCUUACUGGGUAUUGGAUACGAACUACAUGAACUAUACUGUUGUAUUUUCUUGUGAAUCUUUUGGCAAAAUCGCACAUGUCCAAUUUGCCUGGAUUUUAAGCCGGAAUAUCACGAUCACCGAAUCUUUGGACCAGAAAUUAUUUCAGAUUUUAGAAAAUAAUGGCGUACCAACAUCGUAUUUAAAAAAAACAGACCAAAGCAAUUGUACAAGUUUAAAGAAAUAA